GGUAAAAUCAUCAUCACAUCAAGUCUCUGGCAUUUUUAUUUUUGAUUUUUAAUUUAAUCAGAAACAAAAACUGUAGUUUCAGGAGUUCCAAGGCCACAAUGGCCCCCUUAAGAGGAUUCGAAGCCAAGACCCUAUUGUUCUUGGUGGGUCUAGCUUUGAUAUCUUGUGGGGCCCAAGCUGCCCGACGUGGCCUUGUUGACAAUGGUGCUACAGUUUUUGAUGUUACAACGUAUGGUGCCAAGCCAGAUAAUGGCCAGACUGAUAAUUCAAUGGCGUUUAUACAAGCAUGGAAUGCAGCGUGCAAAUCAACCGGUGCAGCGAAACUAGUAAUCCCGCCGGGGACAUUCAUGACCAGUGAAGUGUUCUUCUAUGGACCGUGCACUUGCCAAACUCCCAUAAUUGUAGAAGUUGAGGGCACCGUAUUGGCACAAUCCGAUCUCAGUGAGUUCCCAGACAAUCAAUGGAUCUCUGUUCGUCAUGUGGACAGUUUAAUUAUUCAAGGUCAAGGAACUUUGCACGGCCAAGGCGAGGCCGUCUGGAAGUUUGAUUCUUGCGGGGGCAAGACCAAAUGCGACUCACGUCUCCCCGCAACAAUUGUAUUUUCAGACGUGAGCAAUUCUAUUGUCCAAGGGAUCAGUUUGGUUAAUAGCAAAGGAUUCAACUUGAAAAUUUGUGACAGCAGCAAUUUUACAGUUCAAAACAUUACGAUAACCGCACCUGCAGAUAGCCCAAACACCGAUGGGAUUCAUAUAAGCCGAUCUAAUCAAGUCACUAUAUUGGGUUGUACUAUUGGCACUGGUGAUGACUGCAUCUCUAUUGGUGAAGGUGCUACUAAUGUUUCUGUCUCUGGUAUUACCUGUGGUCCCGGACAUGGAAUUAGCAUUGGCAGCCUAGGCCUUCGCCCGGAUGAACAUGAUGUGAGUGGAAUUGUUGUAAAAAAUUGUACCCUAACAAACACGACGAAUGGUGCGAGGAUCAAAUCAUGGCACCAAUCGCCUCGCAUUCAAGCCUCCAACAUUGUUUUCGAAGAUCUAGUCAUGAACGAAGUUAGAAAUCCCAUCUUCAUAGAUCAACAUUACGGUUCUAAGAAGAAGCCAGGGUCAUCUCUUGUGAAGAUCAGAGAUGUUCACUUCAAGAACAUAAGGGGUACCACGAUCUCAACUAAUGCAGUCGCUCUUAGUUGCAGUGAUGUUGUCCCUUGUGAAGGCAUCGAAUUGGUCGACAUUGAUUUAAGUUACACAGGCGGAAGCACUAUACAAAAUUUUAUUUUUUCAUCUGCAUGUGAGCAUGCUAUAGCAACGUUCUCCGGUAAACAAAACCCACCGCCUUGCAAGUGAGUUAGAACGUUGCACAACCAAGUUGAAACAUUUAUGCAGAUCAAAAAAGAUCUUCCAUCGACAACGUCAGAGGAAAAUGAUCUACAAAUAGAAUUUUUUUUUUGCAGAAAAUUCAUCCAUCGAUAGCAUGGACCCAAGUUUUGCGCGUUGUGAAAUUUUAUAUUUCACGCAUCAAUAGCACUUGUACAAUCUGCUCUGGCAUUGUAUGUCGAGCCAAACUUUUAUUUAAUUAUAUAACAACAUUUACUUUUGUCUCA